UUGAUUUGCAUAACCACGCCCUUUGGUUUGGCACCGCCCGGCGCCGGCUUCAGCCGCCUCCCGGCGCUGUUUGCUCCCAGUUCCCUCCCAGUGCUCCCAGUAAGAGCAGUAACAGGACGGAUUUGCGCUCCCAAAUCCUUCUCGCUCCUCCCAGGAUCGCUCCCAAAGCUCUCAGGAUCGCUCCUGGUGCCGUGCGGGGUGGGGCCGCUUUGGAACCCCCCCAGGGCACAGCGCGGCCGCUUUUGGGUGUCGGCACCGCUCGGGCCGGGCUGGGAGCGGAGGAGGAGCGGGAGGAAGAGGAGGGACACAGGAGGAAAAGCAGGAGCGGCAGGAAGAGGCGGAGAGGGAACAGGAGCGACAGGGGAGGAGGAGGAAGACGAAAAGCGGGAGGGAAUUCCCGCCUGGAACCCGCAGGAGCCCAAAGCCGAGCCGGAGAUGGCCCUGGAGGGAUCCGGGCAGCAGCCGGUGGGAGAGGCUGCUGUGAGCGGCUCCGCGGCGCAGGAACGCAACGGGGAGGAAAAGCCGCGGAGAUGCCGCACGAGGAGGGGCUGCAAACGCAGAUCUCGGGGCUCCGAGCAGGAAAGAUCCACCCCGGGCCGGGGAGGCGGCCGCAGCUCGGAGCUGGGGGACCCUGAGCAGCCUCAGGAUUGGGAGAAUCCCCACAAGUGCUCGGAGUGUGGGAAGAGCUUCAGGUGGAGAUGCCACUUGGUUAAGCAUUGCAGAAUCCACACGGGGGAAAAGCCCUACGAGUGUGGGGAGUGUGGGAAGAGCUUCAGCACAAACUCCUACCUGGUUAUCCACCAGAGGAGCCACACUGGGGAGAGGCCCUACGAGUGUGACCAGUGCAGGAAGAGGUUUCCCACCAGCUCGCAGCUCCUCCUGCACCAGCGCAUUCACACAGAUGAGAGGCCCUUCUGCUGCCCCGACUGCGGGAUGGGUUUCAAGCAAAACUUCACCCUCGUCACCCACCGGCGCAUCCACACCGGGGAGAGGCCCUACGAGUGUGACCACUGUGGGAAGAGCUUCAGCCAUGGCUCUGUCCUGAUAAGACACCAGAGGAUCCACACGGGGGAACGGCCCUAUGAGUGUGGGGAGUGUGAGAAGAGCUUCAGGUCAAGCUCCGAGCUGAUCGCACACCAGAGGAUCCACACAGGGGAGAAGCCCUACGAGUGUGACCAGUGCAAGAAGAGGUUUUCCACCACCUCCAAUCUCCUCGUGCACCAGCGCAGUCACACGGAUGAGAGGCCCUUCCGCUGCCCCGACUGCGGGAUGGGCUUCCAGCAAAACUCCAGCCUCCUCACACACCAGCGCAUCCACACUGGGGAGAGGCCCCACGAGUGUGAUCAGUGUGGGAAGAGCUUCAGGCGGAUCUCGCACCUGAUCCUCCAUCUAAGGAUCCACACUGGGGAACGGCCCUACGAGUGUGGGGAGUGUGGGAAGAGCUUCACCCGGAGCUCCCACCUGGUUAUCCACCGGCGCAUCCACACCGGGGAGAGGCCCUACGAGUGUGACCAGUGCAGGAAGAGGUUUCCCACCAGCUCCCAGGUCCUCCUGCACCAGCGGAUUCACACAGAGGAGAGGCCCUUCCGCUGCCCCGACUGUGGGAAGGGCUUCAGGCAUAACUCCAACCUCCUCACGCACCGGCGCAUCCACACCGGGGAGAGGCCCUACAAGUGUCCCCAGUGUGGGAAGAGCUUCUCCAGGAGCUCAACCUUGACCCAACACCAACGGAGCCACCACACUGGGGAGAGGUGCUACGAGUGUGGGGAGUGCAAGAAGAGGUUUCCCACCAGCUCCCAGCUCCUCAGGCACCAGCGGAUUCACACGGAUGAGAGGCCCUUCUGCUGCCCCGACUGCGGGAUGGGCUUCAGGCAUAAAUCCACCCUCGUCACCCACCGGCGCAUCCACACCGGGGAGAGGCCGUAUGAGUGUGAGCAGUGUGGGAAGAGCUUCAGCCAGCGUUCGGUCCUGAUUAUCCACCAGAGGAGCCACACGGGGGAACGGCCCUAUGAAUGUGGGCAGUGUGGGAAGAGCUUCAGCCAGAGCUCCCACCUGACUCUCCACCGGCGCAUCCACACCGGGGAGAGCCCCUACAAGUGUGACCAGUGCAAGAAGAGGUUUCCCACCAGCUCCCAGCUCCUUGUGCACCAGCAGAUUCACACGGAGGAGAGGCCCUUCCACUGCCCUGACUGCGGGAUGGGCUUUAGGAAUAAGUCCCACCUCAUCAGCCACCGACGCAUCCACACCGGGGAGAGGCCCCACGAGUGUCCCCAGUGUGGGAAGAGCUUCAGCCACAGCUCUGCCCUGAUCACACACCAGAGGAUCCACACAGGAGAGAGGCCCUACGAGUGUGGGGAGUGUGGGAAGAGCUUCAGCACGAGCUCCAACCUGACUCUCCACCAGAGGAUCCACACUGGUAAGAAGCCCUAUGAGUGUGAGCAGUGCAAGAAGAGGUUUCCCACCAGCUCCAAGCUCCUCCUGCACCAGCGCAUUCACACGGAUGAGAGGCCCUUCCGCUGCCCCGACUGCGGGAAGGGCUUCACGCAAAACUCCUCCCUCGUCAGGCACCGGCGCAUCCACACCGGGGAGAGGCCCCACGAGUGUGAGCAGUGUGGGAAGAGAUUCUCCAGCAGCUCCCACCUGAUCAGACACCAGAGGAUCCACACUGGGGAACGGCCCUACGAGUGUGGGGAGUGUGGGAAGGGCUUCAGACAGAGCUCUGAGCUGAUCAAACACCAGAGGAGCCACACCGGGGAAAAGCCCUACGAGUGUGACCAGUGUGGGAAGAGCUUCAGCGAGAGCUCGCGGUUGAUCAGACACCAGAUGAUCCACACCGAGGAACGGCCCUACGAGUGUGACCAGUGCAAGAAGAGGUUUCAGACCACCUCCAGUCUCCUCAGGCACGAGCGGAUUCACACGGAUGAGAGGCCCUUCCUCUGCCCUGACUGCGGGAAAGGCUUCAAGCAAAACUCCCAGCUCACCACCCACAGGCGCACGCACACCGGGGAGAGGCCCUACGAGUGUCCCCAGUGUGGGAAGAGCUUCAGCACAAACGCCCACCUGGUUCUGCACCAGAGGAGGCACACGGGGGAACGGCCCUACGAGUGUGACCAGUGCAAGAAGAGGUUUCCCACCAGCUCCAAUCUCCUCAGGCACCAGCGCAGUCACACGGAUGAGAGGCCCUUCCGCUGCCCCAACUGCGGGAUGGGUUUCCAGCAGAAGUCCAUCCUCGUCAGCCACCAGCGCAUCCACACCGGGGAGAGGCCCCACGAGUGUGACCAGUGUGGAAAGAGCUUUAACACGAACUUCGAGCUGAUCGUCCACCAGAGGAGCCACACGGGGGAGAGGCCCUAUGAGUGUGGGGAGUGUGGGAAGAGCUUCAUCCGGAGCUCCCACCUGACUGCACACCAGAUUAUCCACACUGGGAAGAGGCCCUACGAGUGUGACCAGUGCAAGAAAACAUUUCAGACCAGCUCCACUCUCCUCAGACACCAGUGGAUCCACACGGAUGAGAGGCCCUUCCGCUGCCCCGACUGCGGGAUGGGCUUCCAGCAGAACUCCACCCUCAUCAGGCACCGGAGCAUCCACACUGGGGAGAGACCCCACGAGUGUGAUCAGUGUGGGAAGAGGUUCAGCCACGGCUCUGCCCUGAUCAAACAUCAGAGGAUCCACACGGGGGAACGACCCUACAAUUGUGGGGAGUGUGGGAAGAGCUUCUCCAGGAGCUCUGCUCUGACUGCGCACCAGAAGAUCCACACUGGGGAGAGGCACUACGAGUGUGACCAGUGCAAGAAGAGGUUUCAGACCAGCUCCCAUCUCCUCAGACAUCAGCAGAUUCACAGUGAUGAGAGGCCCUUCCGCUGCCCCGACUGCGGGAUGGGCUUCAAGCAACACUCCAACCUCCUUUCGCACCGGCGCAUCCACACCGGGGAGAGGCCCUACGAGUGUCCCCAGUGUGGGAAGAGCUUCUCCAGGAGCUCUCACUUGACCAAACACCAACAGAGCCAGCACUGAGGGAAGCCCUGCAAGUGCCUCGAGCACAGCAAGAGCUUCGUGCGCUGCUCCAGCUCCAUCCCCCAUGGGAGGAUCCCCCCUGGAUGAUCCCCAGUGACCCCCGGUGGGCAGAGCCCCGGUGAUCCGCGGUGCCGGUGAUCCGUGUUGGGCACACACCUGGCUGGGGGCUCCACAUCCUCCUGGCUCCCUGUGGCCUGGAUUUUCUUUCCAUUUCUCUUUGUCUUUUCAAAACCCCGUAAACCGGGCUCAAAAUAAAGAUUUUUAAUAAAGACAGUGAUGGGGACAUGGGGGGGAUCUUCUAUGGGAUGUGGGGGGUCCCGGGUUCAAGGGAGCUGAGGGUUACUGGCAGGGACUUGGGGGUUGCUCAGGGCUUUGAGCACCCCAGGCCGAGCGGCUCUGGAUAUGCUGGGUGACGCUGGCGGAGGUUCACGGGCACCUCAUCAAGGACCCCCUGCCCUGGAUCUGUGCCCCUCUUCCCAGUGUCCCUUGUCCAGGAUGCCCCCUGCCCGCUGUCACUCCCCUUGCCCCCUGCCCAUUCGCAUGUCACCCUGGUCCCAUCCUGCUCCCACCGCAGUCCCGAUCCCAUUCUCUUUUACAUCUCUGUACCAGUCCCAUAUUGUCUGGUUGCCAUUCCCAUAUUCCCAGUCCCAUAUUCCCAGCCCUGCUCCCGUUCUUGUAUUCCCAGUCCCCGUGCCGGUCCCACAUUUCCAGUUUGAUAUUCCCUGCCCUGUUCCUAUAGUCCCGUUGCCGUGUUCCCGUUACUGAUCCCGGCCCCUCCUUUCUAAUCCACACCCCAUAUUUCCUCUCUGGAUGCUGUUUCCAUGCUAUUUCUCCUGUUUCCGUAUUCCUAUCCCCGAUCCCAUUCCAGGUCCCUCUCCUGCAUUCCACAUUCCCAGUCCCAUUCCUAGUUCCAUUCUCAGUUCCAGUCCCCAUUCCAGAUCCCUGUCCCAUAUUGCUGCUCCCUGGCCCCAGUCCCAGUCCGGUAUUCCCUGUCCCGUUCUUGGUUCCUGUUCCCAUUCCAUGGAUCAUUCCCAGUCCCUGCCUGGUAUUUGCUGUGCCGUGCCCGUUCCUGGUUCACAUUGCUGAUCCCGCUCUUCAUACCCGGUCCCUUUUCCCAUU